AUGUCUAAAAUAAAACCUGCUACUGCUGACCAAAACAUUGUUCCACCUGUCCCAGCGACUACAAAUAAUACUACCAUACCUGAGAAAGCGAGCGUUUCCCGAGAAGCUGUUUUUCUCACUCCAAAAACCACAAUAACUGAAGUGAAAGCACCUGAACUCAAGGUAAAAACUUUGAAUAUAAAAAUCUUUCAAAACAAUUUUCAGACGAAAACGACUGAAAUCUCUGAAACUGCUCGAGAAAAGGAAAAACAUCAAGAAAUAAAAGAGAAACCUAAAGUAGAAGUGAACAAAUUGCCAGCAAAGAAAACUUUCUUUGACUCCGAUUCUGACGAAGAAGACAGUUUCCUGCAGCAUGUUGUAUAUCAGCGUCCAGUCCUCAAAGAAAUCCCAUCCGUGCCUUUUCCCAUAGCAAUCAUUGAGCAGCCAAUAGUGAAUGUAAGUUUUUUCAUUUCCCUUCUGUUCACCAGGAAUGUGGCAUUUAAAUUUAAAAUUUGUGAAACGAUCAUCAGUUAAUAAUUCCCAGAAAGCAGCUCAGCUUGUACAAUCGAGUGGAAGUUCCAAUGAAUCGACUACUAAUUUCAAUGCGCCCGUUAAGCCAGUGCCAAAGAAAUCACUUUUUGAUGACAGUGACUCGGAUUCCGAUCUCUUCACUUCCUCUUCAAAAAUAAAGCCAACCUCUGCGAAAUCGGUUACUGAACUGGUAACAAACCCAACUGUAACGCAAGCAUUUUUCAAAUCCCAACUGGUAAGAUAUCUGUUUAAACGGACAUCUCGAUGCUUAAUCAACGUUUUUUAAGGCUUCUACACUCAGCAAGCAACCGGUGUCAACUGUACGAAUAAAUGAAAAAGUGGACAUUCAGUCUUCGUCGCAACAACAGGCAGAACUUUCAGCUCAGAAAAACGAGAGCUCUGACGAAAAUCAAAUAACUACAAUACUGAAGGUGAGAAAAACAGUUUGCACCUCGAUUGUACAUAGUUGAAUGAGUCCGAUCUAAUAAACAAUUCCAAAACGUUUUUUAUUCAGACACGACCACGCGGACCACAACAUCGCCGGCUUCCAACCAGAUCAAAUCUGAAUCCAUUAGAACAAUGA